CAGGCAGUGGGACCAGUUUUGAGCCAUCCCUUAGCUCCACUGCAGGCAGCGUGGUGGCAUCUGGGAUGGAUCAACAGCCUGGUGGAGGUUCCUCGUCCGGUCCUGCCUCUCCCAGUGGUGUGGUUGCAGCACCCUCCAUUUCAGAUCCAGCCAGCCCGACUGCCCUUGGAGGAGCAGGUGGUGCUCCUGGAGCUCUGCAGCCUUCCCUGGGUGCUGGGCCUGGCAUCCCUCCUGCUGCAGGAGAAGGGACAGGUGAAGCACCUGGUGGUAGGGGGUCCCCAGAGCAGUCCCAGACCACUGCCAGAGAGGGACCAGUUGGUUCAGGAGCCCGUGAUGGACAAAUGGGAGCUGUUCUGCAGACUACAUCUGCUUCCCCAUCUACGGAGGGGUCUUCAUCACCUGGGACAGCUGGCAAGACUGCUAACAGAGCAAGCCUUCAAGGAGCUGGUGCAGCUGGCAGUAGCUUGAGCACAGGCUUGGAGCCUGCUGGCCCUGAGGAACCCACUGUGUCUGCCCCCAGCAUCCAGAGUGGUGCCAAUCUUGGACUUUCUGAUGCAAAACUGAGCCAAGUCAAUGUGGUGGAGCUGCCUGGAGGAGCCUUGGUGAACAGGGGAGCUUCCCUUGGUGCCAGCCUGGGAGAGGGCACGGGAGCCAUCAUACAGAUCGCGUCGGGAGCGCUGGCCCCGUCUGCCCUCACCUCCCCCCGGGAAAGGCAGCCCCUGGACCCCGUGGCUCCAGACAGCAUUGGCAUCUCUGACAGCAUGGCUGCCUCGCUGGCUGCUUCUCUGCUUCUUCCCGGGCACGGGCUGAGCUCAGGGCUGGCACCCAGCGGGGACCCCCGCCCUGCCCCUGGCAUCCAGAGUGGGAGCAGAGCCCUGGUGCCAGGGGCACAGGGUGGGCUGGCAGGAGAUGCUGGAGGUGCUCAGAUGUGGUCUCUUGAAGAUGAGGUGGCCUCAGGGAUGCCUGGACCUUUGGGAGAAGCAUCCCCCCGUGCCCUUGCAUCCCCCAACACUGCCCUGGCACUGCCUUCUGCUCCACAGAGACAAAACGCUGCAAUGGGGGUGUCUGCCAGCCCUGGGCUUUCCACUCCGCUUUCGGCACUUGCAGCUGUGCCCCUCUACGGGUAUGGAGCGAGGGAAAAUGAUCGGCAGUAUGUGGAAAGGAGGGUGGAUUUUAAUUCUCCGCUUUUCAAGCCUGAGACUGGAUUCCCAUUUGGAAAAACCUUGCGUAACUCUCUCUACUUUACAGACAAUGGACAAAUCAUUUUCCCAGCCUCAGACAACAGCAUCUUCACGUCCCCCAACCCUCCUCCCAGCGGCUUCAAUGGCCACGAGGAGGUUCCCAUGAUCGCCGUGUUUUGGGACAACGCCGACUUCUCCAGAGGUGUUGGCACCACCUUUUACCAGGAGUUCCUCACCCUUAACACGGCCAAGCCUCCAUUCGUGCGUGACGUGGAAGCGAAGGUUCGGCGGUACCUGAGGUCCUCCUACUCCGCAGCCUGGACCCUGAAGAUCACCUGGGAGAAGGCACCUGCCUACGCAGCACGGACUGACACUCGGAGGACGAUCACGUACCAGGCUGUCCUGACCACCGAUGGCUUCAGGUCUUACGUCCUGAUGCUGUACCAGGAGGGAGGCAUGCAGUGGGAUUACACCAGACUCGCUACCACCAACGUGCUCAUCGGCUACACCAGUGGGGAUGGCUUUUAUCGCAAUGAUGACCUGACUCAGAGACCUCCAGCUGCUAAAUAUCGCCCUGAUCAGUUCAGGGGAUACAGCACAGACCUCCGUGGGCUGUGGAUUUACAAGCUGGAGAGCCGCGUGAGAGUCAACUACCGGCUGAAGUGCCUGGCGUGGACGGGGCAGCAGCAGGAGCCACGGGUGUGGAGCCAGGGCUUGCCUGCCUGCCCAUGCUCCCUGCAGCAAGGGCAGCAGGACCCGCGCUUCAAGAGCAGCCGCGGAGGCUGGUGGGCUGCCCGCGUCUCCAUGCUGCACUCCGCAUCCCCCAACCAGCAUGGUGCCGGCGUCCGCUGCCUGUACGACAGUCAGAGCCAGCUCAUCGAGGGGCGGCAGGAGAGGUACUGGAGAUCCUCCAGGCAGGCGUCCCCUUACCGUGACCAGGAGCUGAAGUUGUACGACUGGUGCUGUAACCAGGCGGGCAGUGCCCACCUCUGCGCCCGCUACAGUGAAAAGAGACCGAAGAUUGGCUGUGAUGGAUACCAGCCACCCAGCAUGGCAGGUUCCUCGGAGGAGCAAGAGAGCGACUCAGAGGAGCAGAGAGGACAAGUAACUGGGGGGUUGCACACCUGCAGCAUGGUCUGGGCCACGGCUGAUCCUCCGAGUCCUUUGCUCCUGCUCAUCUCCUGUGUCCGCCUGCUCCCACCAGCACCCAUCACCCCUACCCACCACACAGGGCAGCUCACUCGGCCAGUGCCUGCAGUUGCCUUCACUGGCACAAGUUCAUGUUUCUCAUCCAGACCAGUCCCAAGAGUCAGUUGCUUUAGUUGCUCUUCCCCAGUUGCAGCUGAACAGGUGCCUGUGGGCACCUCCUUGCUGGUGGGGAGGUGGGCAGGUACCCCCCACCGUGUCCACCACCCCCUGUCCUCCCUGCAUCCCCUCUGUGCCUUCCACACUGCAGGGUGAGGUUGGCCCCCCAGCACCAGGGGAAUGGGUUUUUGUACCUUGUGUGGGUUGACUGCAGGUGAGCCUCUGAGUGCCGUGGUGCACCAGGCUCACCCUGUGAGCCAGUCCGGUCUUGUCCCCCACUUCUGUCCCCCAGCCAUCCCUCCCUGGGUGGUCGCCAGGCCCCGUGCCCAGGAGAAGGGGUGAUUCUCUGGAUCAAGCCAGAGUCUGCUUGAUGCCUCUGUUGGGUAUGUGAGGGCAAAAUUCAACCCCAUGAUCAGAAACAUUGGGAGAAUAAUAAUUUUUUUGUGCACAAGAGAGCAUCUGCCUUUCUUUAAAAAAAAAAAAAAAAAUUCCUUUUCACAUCUUAUUUGUUCCAUAAAGCCUCUGAGGGGUCUGAGCAU